AUGUUGGACAUCUUGGCAGAUCAUAUCUCUCCCUCUCCACUCCGUGAGCAACUCUCAUCCGUUUUCGGGUCCAUUUCCUUUGCAUGCUGGCUCAUUUUGAUGGUUCCACAGCUCGUUGAACAAUGGCGCCUCAAAACAGUAGAGGGCAUUUCACCUUUCUUCUUGCUGAUGUGGGCAUCCGGUGACGUCUUUAACUUUCUAGGCGCAAUUUGGGGCGGUCUCUUACCUGAAGUCAUUCUAAUUGCCUUUUGGUUCUUGUUUGCCGAUUUUGGAACCUUGGCUUUCUAUUUUUACAUCUCCAAAUACUACGACCAUGCCAAACAUGGGAAACACGGGAAACUUCACCAUCAUCAUCUCAAUCAUAGCAACACAGAGGUUGUUGAAUCGACACCUUUAAAUGUGCCCGGCGAUCUGGAAUACGGCGUCCUUGGAGAUGACAGUGGCAUUCAUCAUAGCAAUGCCACUGAUGACCACCACAACAUUGAUAACCACAACCAUAAUCAUCAUCAUCAUCAUAAUGAAAGACGCAAAUCUUCUACUAUAGAAGACGUCGUCUAUGAACCAGAGAGACAUUCCGUAUUUGUCAGAAUCGUGCUCCCGCUGUUGCUUGUCAUUGCUGCUGGCACUUUUGGCUCGAUAUUGUCUCCAAACGCUUCCGUUUCCUCCCUGACAAAUGGUUCGUCCACUGCUACUGCCAAUGAUCUGGUUCCGCAAAUCUGUGGUUAUUUGUCCGCAAUACUGUAUCUCACUGCAAGAUUCCCGCAGAUAUACCACAACUACAAGAAACAGUCUACGGAAGGCCUCUCUCUACUUUUCUUCCUCUUGACUAUGCUGGGCAACAUCACCUACAGUUUGCAGAUCUUCGCAUAUAGCACCGAUCCCCAAUACAUCAUGCUAAACAUGAGCUGGUUGCUCGGGUCUGCAGGGACCAUCGUAGAAGACCUCAUCAUCGUGGCCCAGUUCUACAUGUAUAGAAACAACCACAAUCUAUAG